AUGUCAUCAUCAUCUUCUCCGGUCAUUACUUCAUUAUCUUCCUCUCGCAUUCAAUCAUCAUUUUCCCCAAUCAUUCAUUCAUUAUCUUCCUCUGGUAUGCCCUCAUCAUUUAGUCAGCCUGCUAGGUACUCUUCCAUGCCUUCAUCUAAAUCCACUCCAUUUUCACAUGGCAUACCCUCAUCAUCUUACCUUGUCCCUCCAUUAUCAUCUUCUCCGGUCAUUCCUUCAUUAUCUUUCUCUGGCAUUCGAUCAUCAUUUUCCCCAAUCAUUCACUCACCAUCUUCCUCUAGCAUGCUUUCAUUAUUUAGUCAGCCUGCUAGCCACUCUUCCAUGCCUUCAUCUGAAUCCACUCCGUCUUCAUCUCCCAACAUUUUUAGGCCACAUAUUGCAAUUGAUAGUAAUUCGACAUCCCCAUACACCAAUAGUGAUACUGUCACGACCCAAAAGACAUAUAUACAUAUACGUGCGGAAUACGUAAGGCGAGCCGACAAGGCUGCUAUAGACAACUACAUAUCUAAAAUUGGAAGCCGACAAGGCCACAUACCACCCAACUAUACACAACUGUCUACAGACCUCUAA